ACUUCGCUUUUUAACCGAACCGGUUUUUCAUUUUCGGCUUCAUGUUUUUCCAAAUUGAUUUAAUUUUGUUUUUCUAUCAAAAUGUUUGAUUGUUUGCUAAUUAAUUGUUAAUUAUUUUAACAAAUAUCGACCAACUAACAAAAGCUCUUUCGAAAUGGUGGUCGUACUGAUGGUUGCCGAGAAACCUUCUCUGGCCGAAUCGCUUGCUAAAAUUUUGUCCAAUGGACGAUAUAAAAGUCGUAAGGGAACCAAUGGAGCUUGUUCGGUCCAUGAAUAUCGUGGACCUUUUCUUGGCUAUAAUGAUGCUUUCUUUAAAUUUACUUCGGUUUGUGGUCAUGUCAUGUCUGUCGAUUUUCCCGGUAAAUAUAACAAUUGGGAUAAGGUUGAACCUGUUGAGCUGUUCGAUGCUCCAAUAAUAAAAAAAGAAGCUAAUCCACAGCUUAACAUGCCAAAGUUUCUUGCAAACGAGGCACGAAAUGCUACUCAUCUGGUUCUUUGGUUGGAUUGUGACAAAGAAGGAGAAAAUAUUUGUUUUGAGGUUAUUCAAUCUGUCGAAACAGUAAUGAGAAUCUCAUUCGAUUCGCCUCAGAAUGUUUUUCGAGCCAAGUUCAGUGCUAUCACUGAUAAAGAUAUAAAACAUGCAAUGAGGAAUUUAACUUAUCCUAAUCACCUGGAAUCAAUAUCAGUUGAUGCUCGACAAGAGCUUGAUUUGAGAAUUGGCUGCGCUUUUACCCGUUUUCAGACUCAUUUUUUCCAUGGAAAAUAUGGUAACUUAGACAGUGCAUUGAUCUCUUUUGGACCUUGUCAAACACCAACACUUGGAUUCUGUGUUGAUAGACAUGAUAAAAUUCAAUCCUUUCAACCUGAACCUUAUUGGGUUUUAAUGGUUAACGUUGGUAUUCCCGGUGGUCCAAAUCUGCAACUUGAUUGGGAUAAAGGAAGGGAAUUCAAUCAGAAUACAGCCAAAUCGAUUAUGAAUAAAGUUAAAUCAUCUAAGAAAGCAGUUAUCACUCAUAUAACCAAAAAGGAUAAAGUUAAAGCUCGUGUUGGUGCAUUGAAUACAGUUGAAAUGCUACGAGUGGCCAGUUCAGGAUUAGCAAUUGGCCCUCAUCAAGCAAUGUCAAUUGCUGAAAGACUUUAUACCCAAGGAUUUAUAAGUUACCCUCGAACUGAGACUAACCAAUAUCCAGCCAAUUUUGAUCUUGUCGGAACCCUAAGAGUCUUCAGAUCUCAUGAAGAUUAUGGUUCAGCUGUAGAUUUAGUUUUGAACAAAGGUGUUGUCCGACCUAAAUCAGGCCAUGAUGCUGGAGAUCAUCCACCGAUUACACCAAUGAAAACGGCCUCGAUGAACACUUUCUCUGAUCGUGACUCUUGGCGUCUAUAUGAUUACAUUGUACGACAUUUUAUCGGAAGUCUUUCUGGUGACUGUAAAUAUGAACAGACAACAGUUCAUCUUCUCAUUGGCGAUGAGAAAUUUUCAAAAACUGGCUGCAUAGUAUUGGAUCCCGGUUUUACUGAGGUUAUGCCUUGGUUGGCAAUGGCCAACGAUGAGCGACUUCCGGCCAGUAUAAAAACGGGAGAUGAAUUUCUGAUUGGUGAAACUCGGCUCGAUGAAAGAUUAACAAGUCCACCCGAUUAUCUCAGUGAAUCUGAUCUAAUUAGCCUGAUGGAGAAACAUGGCAUUGGAACGGAUGCUUCGAUUCCAACCCAUAUAAAUAACAUUUGUGUUCGUAAUUAUGUUAAAAUUUCCAGUGGUAGACGUUUAAUUCCUACCAAGUUGGGAAUUGUUCUUAUUCAUGGAUAUCAGAAGAUCGAUAAUCAUCUUGUUUUACCCACACGAAGAGCUGAGAUUGAAAAAAGACUUAACCAAAUCGCUGCAGGAACAGCUGAUUUUCAUCAAGUUUUAUCAAGCACAUUAGCUGAAUUUAGAACAAAAUUUGACAAUUUUGUUACAAACAUCGCAGCAAUGGAUGAAUUGUUUGAAGUUUCUUUCUCUUCGUUGGCUGAAUCUGGUAAAGCACUUUCUCGAUGUGGUAAAUGUCGCCGAUACUUGAAAUUAAUCACAGCCAAACCAGUGAGACUUUAUUGUCCAAAUUGUCAAGAAACUCUUUCAUUACCUCACAAUGGUAGUUUUCGAACCUUUAAAGAGCUCAAAUGUCCUCUUGAUGAGUACGAGCUACUUUAUUUCAACGGAUUUGGUGCUAAUUCAAAAAGUUAUGUUCUUUGUCCAAAUUGUUACAAUAAUCCACCUUUCGAGGAUAUGAAAAAACUUUCUGGUUGUAAUCAGUGUUCAAACAAAGAGUGUCCUCAAUCAAUGAUUCACUUAGGUAUUGGUGAUUGUCGCUGGUGCACAUGGGAAGGUACAUUAACCCUUGACCCAGGAUCAGGUCAUGGAGGAAAAUGGAAAAUCUAUUGUAAUAAAUGUGAUUCUUUCAUGACUGGACUUAAGGAAGCGGUUAAAGUUACCGUUAAAAAUGAUAAGUGCUCAUCUUGUAAAAGUAAAACGAUUCACGUUGAAUAUAAACGAGAACGUAAUCCAAAUGAAUCACAUGGUUGCGUUUUUUGUACACCUGAAGUAUCCCAAGGAUUGGUCAGUAUUCCAGGUAAAUCGGCUCGAGGUCGAGGAGGAUUAACGGGCCAACAAAAUGCUGGACCUGGGGGACAUAAAGUUCUUGGAAAUCGACAGAUUCAUCAAAACAACGAUCCACGAGAAGGAGGUGACAAUUUCCAACGAGGUGGACAACAGUUCAAUCCACAAGGUGGCUUAGAUAAUGGUCACUUUGAUGGUGGUCGAGGUGGAGGAGGAGGUUUCAGAGGGGGAAGAGGUAAAUUCAAUAAUCGAGGAGGAGGAAGAGGAGGAAGAGGAGGAGAUGAUGAUGAAGAUGACGAUGACGGCAGUGGAUAUGGAGGCCGUGGGGUUAGCUCGGGAGGAAGAGGUGGAAGCCGUGGUGGGGGACGUGGAGGAGGCCGAGGAGGUCGUGGCCGUGGAGGUGGUCGUGGUGGACGAGGCCGAGGCCGAGGUAGAGGGGGACGUGAUUCUGAUAAUGAUUACGCUCCGACACCUUCAGGCUCCCUCAGGCUAUCAGAUUUUUUGUAAAACCAAAAUUAAACUUGAACAAAUUCAAAUAAUUAAUUUAUUUAUAAGAAAAAAAAAUACAACCCAAUCAAAUAAUGAUAAUAAGUUUUGAUUGAUUGAUAAAUUAAUUAAUUUUUCUUAUUUGAUAUUCAUGAAAAUGACUAAUUAAAUUUUUUUUCCCACCCAAAA